CCGGGUACCCGAUAGGGGUGCUGGAGCAAGCGGGCGGGGUCUGUCUCCUGAGUCAGCGAGCUCUAGAGCCGCCCGCAGCCGCCGAGGGAGGCUGGGUCCCUUUGAGGAGCCUGUGAGGGGAGCGAAACCCGCAGCGCUCGAGUAUGGCGGGUAGUGAUACAGAACGAGAUGGAAUAGCCCCAGAAAAAUCAUCCCCAGAGAGAGAGAAGAAAAAGGAACAGUCAGAUGCAUCUAAUUCUCCUAGAACCUCAAAACAUCAUUAUUCAAGAUCGCGUUCACGAUCAAGAGAAAGAAAACGGAAGUCAGAUAACGAAGGAAGAAAACACAGAAGCCGGAGCAGAAGCAAAGAGAACCAACUUCUUCUUAAAACAGGCAAGAAGACACGAGUCCAAAGAAAAGUCCUCUAAGAAACACAGAUCUGAUGACCACAAUGACAAAGAACACUCUUCUGACAAGGGAAGAGAGAGCCUGAAUUCAUCUGAAAACGGUGAGGACAGACACAAACGCAAAGAAAGGAAAUCAUCAAGAGGCAAAAGUCAUUCAAGAUCCAGGUCCCGUGAAAGGCGUCAUCGUAGUAGAAGCCGUGAUAGAAAAAAGUCACGGUCCCGAAGCAGAGAGAGAAAACGCCGUAUAAGAUCUCGUUCUAGAUCAAAAUCUAGACACAGACAUAGAAGUAGAAGCAGAAGUAGGACUCGGAGCAGAAGCCGAGAAAGAAAGAAGAGAAUUGAAAAACCUCGAAAGUUCAGCAGGAGUCACAGCCGAAGUCCAAGUCCACCACCUUUUAGGGGGCGAAACACAGCAAUGGAUGCACAAGAAGCAUUAGCCAGAAGAUUGGAAAGAGCAAAGAAAUUGCAAGAACAGAGAGAAAAAGAAAUGGUUGAAAAACAGAAACAACAGGAAAUCGUUGCUGCAGCUGCUGCCACUGGGGGUUCUGUCAUCAAUGUUGCUGCUCUUCUGGCAUCAGGAACACAAGUAACUCCUCAAAUAGCUAUGGCAGCUCAAAUGGCAGCACUGCAAGCAAAAGCACUGGCAGAGACUGGAAUAGCAGUACCUAGCUAUUAUAACCCAGCAGCAGUGAACCCAAUGAAGUUUGCUGAGCAGGAGAAAAAGCGGAAAAUGCUCUGGCAAGGGAAGAAAGAAGGGGAUAAAUCACAGUCUGCGGAAAUAUGGGAGAAAUUGAAUUUUGGAAACAAGGACCAAAAUGUCAAAUUCAGAAAACUAAUGGGCAUUAAGAGUGAGGAUGAAGCUGGUUGUAGUUCAGUUGAUGAAGAAAGUUACAAAACCCUGAAGCAACAGGAAGAAGUAUUCAGAAAUCUGGAUGCACAGUAUGAGAUGGCACGAUCACAGACUCACACACAAAGAGGAAUGGGAUUGGGGUUUACAUCUUCAAUGCGAGGAAUGGAUGCAAUUUGAAAAAACAUGAUUUUAAAGUCUGGGACUUUGUGGAUGAUUCCCGUUCUGAGGUUGGGUCCUUGUUCACCAAAAAGCUAGCAUUCUAGCUUGCAUGGGUGUUGCAUUGACUUUAAUUUAUUGAAAAAGUACAAAUUUUCUGUAAAUAUGAGAUCAGUGAUACUGGUGUUAGUGUUGUAAUCAGGUUAUACCCACUUCCAUUAAACUUGACAGAACUAUAGAAGGACAGUAUUUUUAGUUAAAGUUCUACUUUUUCAAACAAAGCAGCAGCUGGGGUAAACUCAUACAUGGAUAUUUCGUGUCCACCGUCUUGUGUACUUUUGUACUUUAACCUUGUACAGUUAUUUUCAACUCUUGAAACAUGAAAGAAACAUUGUGUAGAUGUUAUCUAGCAGAUUGGCCUAUUGGCACAUUAAUCCAGUGCAACAACCUGGUUAAUAAAUAUGUUUUUCUCUAAA